UGCUGCCCUGUGCUAAUGUCAGCUGAGCUGUGCUCUCUCAGCUGCCCUUGGCAUCUUCUUCCACAUAAGAAAAAGACACUUGAGAAGUCUGCACAGCUCUAUGUUGAGGACAUAGUUGCGAUCCUUUGGGAGGAGGGGGCAGCUGAACUCAUGUCAUUGCCUGCUGUGGGAACAUACGUGACUGGUAACAGGGGGACAGCAUCCCCUUUCACACUGCUGGUCCUUCAGAAGCUUGGUAAAGCAGAUGAAACAAAAGAUGAGCAGUUUGAACAGUGUGUGCAGAACUUCAACAAACAGCUGUCCGAAGGCACGAGGCUGCAGAAGGACCUCCGAACUUACUUGGCUUCUGUAAAAGCUAUGCAUGAGGCCUCCAAGAAGCUGACAGAAUGUUUGCAGGAAGUUUAUGAGCCAGACUGGCCUGGGAGAGAUGACACAAAUAAAAUAGCAGAGAACAAUGAUCUCCUCUGGACGGAUUUCCAUCAGAAGCUGGUGGAUCAAGCACUUCUGACCAUGGAUACAUACCUUGGCCAAUUUCCAGAUAUUAAAUCUCGUAUCGCGAAGCGAGGAAGGAAGCUUGUGGAUUAUGACAGUGCCAGACACCACUUUGAAGCCCUGCAAACUGCAAAGAAGAAGGAUGAAACCAAAAUCGCAAAGCCUGUUUCGCUGCUUGAGAAAGCUGCGCCUCAGUGGUGUCAAGGGAAGCUACAAGCUCACCUCGUUGCACAAACUAAUCUGCUCCGAAAUCAGGCUGAAGAAGAGUUAGUAAAGGCUCAGAAGGUGUUUGAAGAGAUGAACGUUGAUCUGCAGGAGGAACUACCUUCACUAUGGAAUAGUCGUGUUGGUUUCUAUGUCAACACAUUCCAGAGUAUAGCUGGCCUAGAAGAGAACUUCCAUAAAGAAAUGAGCAAGUUGAACCAAAAUCUUCAUGAUGUCCUGCUGGGUCUAGACAAGCAGUACUCAGGCAAUGCCUUCCCUGUUAAAGCACAGCCCAGAAAGAAAACUAAACUGUUCGCCAGGCUGAGGAAAAAGAUGAGCAGUGACAGCACCCCAGCGAAAGCAAAUAAAAGCCCCUCGCCUCCACCAGAUGGAUCUCCCAUCACCAGCCCUGAGACCAAGACUGUCAACCAUGAGCUGGAACCAUCCACUUUGGAAGCACCUGGGGCCAGCAUCCCAAAGUCACCGUCUCAGUUGAGGAAAGGGCCUCCGGUGCCUCCGCCUCCAAAAGUCACCCCCUCCAAGGAGAUCAAGCAGGAGAACAUCAUCAGUCUGUUUGAUGACAAUUUUGUCCCCGAGAUAAGUGUGACAACCCCUUCGCAGUUUGAUGCCCCUGGGCCCUUCCAGGAGGGAGCCAGCCUGUUGGAUCUGGAUUUUGAUCCCAUUAAACCAGAUGCCACUGUGGGGAAGACCCCCACACCCGCCUCUCAGUCUUUACCUUGGGAUUUAUGGGAGCCUGCAGAAGCAGCCCAUGCAGGAGCUGAAGCAGCUGGACCAGAAGCAGCAGCUGGAGCUGAAGCAUCUAAAACUGAAGCUGACUCAGGAUCGAGCUCUCUGCCUGCGGUUGUUGUGGAAACCUUCCCUGCAACCGUCAAUGGCACUGUGGAAGGAGGUGCUUCAUCUGAGAGAGCUGACAUGCCCCCAGGAUUCCUGUUCAAGGUCCAGGCCAUGCACGAUUACACGGCCACCGACACUGAUGAGCUGCAGCUGAAGGCUGGGGACGUGGUUCUUGUGAUUCCAUUUGAGAACCCUGAGGAGCAGGACGAAGGAUGGCUGAUGGGUGUGAAGGAGUCUGACUGGAUCCAGCAUAAGGAACUUGACCAAUGCCGAGGGGUUUUCCCUGAGAAUUUCACAGAACGGGUGCAGUGAGAGUCCAAGUCCACCAGCUGCAUUUCUGCUGGAAGAAAGCAAGUUUUCUGGUAGAUAAUUGAAAAAGAACAAUGAAAGGAAAAGAAGAGAGAAUUUUAAAGGAAUAGAAGCCUGAAAAAAAGUCAACUUAAAGGGUGUGUUCUUCUGAAAGAGCAAGGUUUCAGAAGUUAAUUGAAAUUCAAAGUGUUAUUGAAAUAUAUACAUAUUAAUAAUAAUAAGGCAAUUCAGAUACCCUCUUCCCCUUUGGUUUAAACAGCAUUUGGAUUCAAAGGACUGAUGCAGAAGCAACUCAGUGAGGUUCUCCAAGUACUGCAUUGACUGAAUUGUCAGAUGUCAGUCUGAUUCCUGGAAAGGCAGUAUUUGUCGAACAGCUGGAGAGUAGAAGCUGCAUUUGCUCUUGGGUGGGUUAAUCUGUUUUGUCUUGAAGGUGGCUUGCAUGGCAACCAUAAAAAUUCAGCCUUCCCUACAUCUUCAACCUACAGUAGGCCAAACUUUCUGUUAUGCUGUUGAAAAAAAAAUUUAGUGUAUAGUGUUCACCAAUACAAUGUAUGUGUGUGUGUGUGUGUAUUUUAUUUUCUUCCUUUAAAACAAUGUUACAUAAACUGUGAUUUUAUACAUGUCAAGAUAGAAGAAACUACAUGGAGAGGGCAUGAAGAAGGUGAAAUGUGUGAAGCUGUGCUCAGUCCAAAGUUCUUUCAAAUGCAGACACCUACAUUCUCACAGUAGUGUUGGCCUGUGAAAUCCUAAGGGGAAUGGACAUAAUCAGGAGGAAAAACAAGACAAAACAAAUAGAUGCCAUUUGGAUGUCUUUGAAAUUUAGGAGAGGGAAUCCUCUACCACACACAUCCUCAUCCCCUAUCCCCCCCAAAAAACAAACCCAAACCUAUUGGUGGUUUCAGAAAAGCUUAGAUUCAUGUAGAUGGGAAAUAGCUCUAAAAUCUACUGGUUAGAAAAUUUGCUUUUAAAGACAGAGAUAAGGGAAGAAUUUUUUUUUUUCUGUAAGAAUAUCAAAGAGAAAACACUGAGAAAAAACAAAUUGCUUUCUGUGCUUUUCAUUGGCAUUGUUUUUUGUGGAAUUGUAUUUCUUAUUUUCCUUUGAAGAGUUCUGUAAGUGAAAUAUCGUUAGAUCAGCUUUCUCCAGUGCUGUGCUGAUGAUCAAGUUAACCUCUAUGAAAACUGCACUCUUGAAAUGCUCGUUUAAAAUGGCUGUGUGACUUCACGCUAUUGUAAUGCAUUAGAGAGGAAGGCAAGAAUAUCAAAGUGUCAGUGUCAAGAAGACACUCUGCAGUCUAAUACUGAUGCUGACUCCUUUCCUUUACCUUUCCUUUGCUUCUGUUUGUUUUUGAAUUUUUUUUUUUUUUUUUUUAGUUUAGGCAAGCAGAU